GAAGAGAAGAGGUACCGAGCAGCGUAUUUAAAUGCAGAAGAAUCUGAGAGAGAAAAAUUCUCUCUCUUCUCUGCAGCUGUAAGGGAAAGCCAUGAGAAAGAGCGAACAAGAGCUGAAAAAACAAAGAACUGGUCUAUUAUUGGUUCUGUACUGGGAGCCAUUAUAGGUGUUCUUGGUUCCACCUAUGUUAAUCGAGUAAGGCUGCAAGAAUUGAAAGUCUUGGUGCUUGAAGCACAGAAGGGCCCCAUAAAUUUGCAAGAAGCCAUCAAAGAACAGGCCUCCAGCCAUUAUUUACAGCAGAAGGAUCUCAGCGACGUCAUAGCAGACCUGAAAAAUGUGCUGCAAACAAGGACAUCACAGGAAAUAAAAGAAGGCGCUUUGUUAACUAGAGAAGACAGGAAUGACUCCAUAAAAAUAGAUUCUCUUCUAAUUCCUUUAAACGAACAGCUAAACUACAUUAAACAAGUCAGUUCAUGUCUAGGGAAUUUACAACAGCAGUUUAACCGCUUGCAGGAAAGUAUAGCACAAAUGAUUUCUGAGAUGCAGAGUGUUAAACUUGCAGUCCAUUCUAGACCUACAGAAAGAGUGAUGCCACGGUCUUCAGUGGAGGGUAAGGGCCAGGCUUCUGCCGUGAGAGAUGUGAUUUUAGAAUUGUGUGAUACCGAGAGGAGACUGGAAACACAAAUCAAGAGAAAUUCUAUUUACAGCACUGCGGUGACAUGCGCUAUGUUUGCUAUUACUCUGCCAGUACUCUAUAUUAUACUUAAAGGGAACUGA